AUGGAGCCUCUCAAUGUUUUGAUGGUGGGCACCGGCGAGUACACCACCGGUUUUGUCGGUGGUGGGGCUUCCGGCUCGGACAAGAAAGUCGGCGUUGUUGGCCUGUCCAUGUUCGAUCUGCGCCGGCGAGGCAAGGUCGACAAGCUGUCCAUGGUCGGCGUCAGCGGAAAGAAGUUUCCCGCCAUUCGGGAGCAUCUACACAAGAAUAUCACCCAGGUCUACAACAACCUGGAUACCUCGUUUGAGUCGUUCCCGGCGAAUGAUGCGUCGGACCCAGAGGCAUACAAGACCGCCAUUGACGCCCUUAAGGCCGGCGACGCCAUCACCAUCUUUACCCCUGACACUACCCACUAUCCUAUUGCCCUAUAUGCCAUCGAGAGGGGCAUCCAUGUAAUGAUCACGAAGCCGGCUGUCAAGGAGCUGGAGCACCACGUGAAGCUCAUUGAAGCAGCCAAGAAGCACAAUGUCUACGUUUACAUUGAGCACCACAAGCGCUUCGAUCCUGCCUACUCAGAUGCCAGGUUCAAGGCCCAGAAGCUGGGCGACUUCAACUAUUUCUACAGCUACAUGUCUCAGCCCAAGUCCCAGCUCGAGACCUUCAAGGCCUGGGCCGGUGUCGACUCAGACAUUUCCUACUACCUAAACAGUCACCACGUCGAUAUUUGCGACUCGAUGGUCUCCCAGCUAGGCUACGUGCCCGUCAAGGUGUCCGCCUCGGCGUCCAAGGGCGUCGCCACGAGUCUGGGCUGCAACGAGGCGACCGAGGACACCAUCUCGCUGCUCGUGCACUGGGAGAAGGCCGGCGAGCCGGGGAAGCGCGCGACGGGCGUCUACACGGCCUCGUGGACGGCGCCCCAGAAGGCCGGCGUUCACUCCAACCAGUACUUCCACUACCUGGCCGCCAACGGCGAGAUCCGCAUCGACCAGGCCAAGCGCGGCUACGAUGUCGCCGACGACUCGGUCGGCCAGCUGAUGUGGUACAACCCCUUCUACAUGCGCUACGCGCCCGACGAGGAUGGCAACUUCAGCGGCCAGACCGGCUAUGGCUACAUCUCCAUGGAGAAGUUCGUGGACGGCUGCCGCGCCGUCAACUCUGGCAAGCUGAAGCCCGAGGACCUGGAUGCGAAGGGUCUGCCCACGCUCAAGAACACCAUUGCUACGACGGCGAUCUUGGAGGCUGGCCGGAGGAGUAUAGAUGAGAACAGGGAGAUCAAGAUCGAGUCCAAGGAUGGUGUCUGGAAGCUAGUCUAG